AUGAAUGAGGUUGAAGUUAAUGAACCAAGUGAUAUCAACCUAACUCAAUCAUAUCUUUUUGCAUCAACAAAUUCAAAUGAACAAAAUGAUCAAUCAAGUAGUGACACUGCUGAAUUAGAAGAUGAAAUCCUGGAUAGACAAGUUUCUGAGGGUUUAUUACAGUACAAUGAAGAAGAAGAUUUGCUGAAACUGGAUAAGAUGGAAAUUGAUCUACAAGAUAACAUAACAGUGAAAUUAUUCAACGGAGAAUGCGUCAAAAUAAGAAAAAGAGGACCAACCAGCAGACCAGAGACAUCAUUAAAAGAAAGCUACUCAUACCUUGAUAUGGAUCUGUUAUUCGCCAAAGCCGAGUUGAAGAAUAGAAUAAAAGACAACAACAAAAAAUUGUCUAACGAAACUAAACAAAAAUCAAAACAAUCAACACAAUUAUUUACAGAAAAAUAUAAACCACAGAAUUUACUACUGUUAUGUCCAGCCGGUAAUGAAAAACAGUAUAGAUUAAUUAUGAAAUGGUUGAAUAAAUGGUCAUCCGUUGUAUUGGGAGAAAAAAAAAAUCAAGAGUUAGAAGGCGUUGAUUCAUUAGGUAGACCUUUUAAGAAAAUAUUGUUAAUUCAUGGACCACCAGGUGUUGGUAAAACCGUUGCAACUCAUAUACUAGCCCGUCAAUUGGGCUAUAAUGUUCAAGAAUUAAAUGCAUUAAACAGUUUGGAUACAUUUCCACAAAGCAAUAACAGCGGUAAUUCAAAUGCAACUUCAAAUGCCGCUAGUGCAUUAAGGUUGAAGAUUCAAAAUACAUUAACGUCCAAUUCCGUUUCCAAAAAUGAAAAACCAUUCUGUUUGUUAAUAGACGAAAUUGACUCACUAGCAAAUUUAAAUGAUGUUAUGAAAGUUUUAAACGAUGUAAUAAUAUCAGAUCAAAGAGCUACUAAUAAAUCAUAUUACCAUAAUAAUAAUCAAAAAGAUGAUUCAAAGAGAAAUAAGAAAAAAAAUCAGAUACUAAAUAGACCAAUCAUUUGUAUAGCCAAUGAUAUAUAUUCACGACCAGCAGGAAGAUAUGGCCCCAAUCCACUAGAACGAAUACGAGCAAUUUCGGAAAUAAUUGCAUUUAAAAAACCAGCUACUGCUCAGAAAAUGACCGGUGUUAAAAUUAGUGGGAAUGCAAUGAAAUCAAUAAAAGAUUACCUAAUGAAGAUUAACGAAAAAGAAGGUCUAGAUUUAGAUUAUAAAGAUAUUGGUGAAAUUUGUGAAGUUGGUGAUGGUGAUUUGAGAGCAUGUUUGAAUCAAAUGCAAUUUAAUGGUAGAAAAUCAUCAAACAGUGGGGUGACUAAAAAAUCCUCACAUCUGGACAAAAACGUAUCUUGGUUCACGAUGGUCAAUGACAUGCUAAGAAGAGAUCCUCAAUUGAAGAAAGAAGAACAUUUUGCAAGACUUUUAGACAGAUAUACAAAUGGUAAUGGUAAAGUGAUUAGCACAAAUUCAGAUUUAUUUGAUAAAUUUACGAAUGGUAUAUUCAAUAAGUAUCUUGAUGUAAUACAUACUCAAGAUGAUUCACUAAAUAAGCCAUGUGAACUAAGUGACUGGAUGAGCUACACUGAUCAAUUUUCCAAAAAUUUUAAUGACACAUGUCAAUAUAAUUCAAUCUUUGCAUUAAAAUCAUAUUUACUAUUGAGUGAAAUAAGACAACAGAAAGAAGGGAAUCAAUUGAUACCCAAUGCUAGCUCACAAGCUUUUGAGAUGAUUGAAGCAUUAAGAGAAAACCGUCAUGUAACUAAAUGUGUUGUUCAGAACUUACCUAUACAAACUCAAUUAGCAAUCGGCGGUGUCAAUGUUGACGAUGUUGCAACUUAUUUUCUUCCAUGUAUUACUAAAAUUAUAAAUCCAACUUUCACAUCAAAACAGAAAUCUAAUUUGAACCAAACAGAAUUGCAUUGGUUGGAAAAAAUCACAACUAUAAUUCAAAACUUUAAUAUAACACUUGAAUUUCAAAAAGCAUUGGAAUCAGGUCUACAACAAUUAUUAUAUUCACCAGAUUGGGAUCAGUUAUCAGUCUAUGAGAACUUUUUAGCUAAUAAAAGCUGUACGUUAGAUCAAAAGCAAGUGCAAUUAAAACGUCAAAACAUUUUCCCAUUAGUUACCUCAGAAAUAAAUUUUAGAACUAAUCAAGCCCAAGCUUUAAAGCGUCCACUAGCAACAGUUUCUACAAAACCAACAGAAUCAGAAGAAAGAAUACUAAAAAAGAAAAAACUAAUGGAGAAAGAUCUGCAUUUUUUCAAAACUCAAUAUGAUUCAGUAAAAUCAAAUUUAAAAGGAAGUUCUGAAAAAGGAAAUGAUGCUAGUAUAAAAGAGACUAUUCCAAGAAUUUGGGUUAAUUUCAAAGAAGGUUAUUCAAAUGCUGUAAGAAAAGAAGUUACUUGGAAUGAUAUUUGGAAUACAUAG